AUGUCAUGUUGGCCAGCCGACAUCCCGAAAUCCUGGCCAGUGUCCGAGUUCAUGUCUCACCUGGAAGUUUUGCUACGUGUUGUAUCAGUGGAUAUUACAAACAAGGAAGGCUUGAAAGCGGUAUGCACAGAGAUCAAACCUACUCUACCGCCGAUUGGAAGUAUCAUCAAUGGUGCCAUGGUGCUUCGGGACCGCAUCUUCGCCGACACGUCCUGGAGCGACUUCGCGGAGGUGCUGGCACAGAAUACGGCAGGAACUUGCAGCCUUGACGAGCUCUUCGGUGAAGAUGAGGCGUUGGAAUUCUUCAUAAUGCUUUCGUCUGCAACGUUGAUUGUUAGAACUCGUGGCCGGUCCGCUUACAGCGCGGCGAACCAUUACAUGUCAAGCCUCGUGCAAAAUGGCCGGAUUCGUGGAUUGGCGGGCUCCGUCGUCACCAGUGGUUUCCUGAUGGGACUGGGCUACAUUUUACGUUGGGAAGUAAAACACCGCUCUACCAUUGAGAAGUCUCUUUAA